CUGCCGGACAACGCGCGCACCGUGCUGGCGCGCCUGCCGCCCUCCCGCCCGCGCCCGCCCCGGCCCGGGCCCGUCUACCCGCACCACUGCCACUCCGACAGUCAGUACCCCUCCCCUUCUAGUGUCGUACCACUCCCCCGACGAGACCCCGGACCCGGACCGCCUGACGGGCGCGCUGCCGGACAACGCGCGCACCGUGCUGGCGCGCCUGCCGCCCUCCCGCCCGCGCCCGCCCCGGCCCGGGCCCGUCUACCCGCACCACUGCCACUCCGACAGUGACACGGAAUGGGAGCCGACAGAAACAGAAUCGGCACGAAUAUCACCGAUGAAAUCAGCGCUGCUAUCCGCGAUGAGCACCGCGCUGGCGGUGCCACCGAAUUUAGAUAUGGUCCCGAACUCAGCGGAGCCGGUGGACACGGACGACCAGUCCGACGGCGGCGGCGACGCCACGCCGAUUAGAGCUUUAGAGAGUGGCAGUAUCAGCUCAGCUUCGGAAGGCAGUCGAGCCCUCGCCCUGCCGAUGCCGAUGGCGGGCGCCGACGCCGACGCCGACGCCGACGCCGACGCCGACAUGGCGGACGACAUGUCGCUGGCACUCAACGAGCGAGAGCCGUCACCGUCCGCCUCGAUACCCAUCGAAUACGACGUAUCAACCCCCGAAUGGAGCGUGAGCCUACGAGAAGAUUCUCCGCCGCUGUCCCACGCCCUGCCGUGCGCCGACCCGCAACCUUCCACCAACACACAGGUGCAACUACACACGGGCACGGACGAUUCGAUCCCCGUGAACGAGUCCAUCAUCUCCCUGCUGCUGAAGCUGCACUCGCAGCUGUCGGGACGACUCGACUCCUUCUCACUCGAGGAACCGGAACCAGUCGUGGAUGAGCCGAUAGGUGACGGGCCGCACUUCAUCGGGCAAGUGUUGCGGAAGUUAGCGCGACUGGACGCACGCUGCGCGGGCGCCAUCGCGCACGUGCGGCACUCGCUGUGGCCGCACCAGCGCGAGCGCCAGGCCGAGCAGCGCGCCAGGUGA